AUGCUGGGGAGCAGAGCUAUAAUCCUGCUAUUGCUACUGCCCUGGGCUGUUCAGAGCCGGGCUCUGCCUGGGGGCAGCAGUCCUGACUGGGCUCGGUGCCAGCAGCUUUCACAGAAGCUCUGCACGCUGGCCUGGAGUGCACAUCUGCGAGGAGGAAAUACGGAUCAACCAAGAGAAGAGGGAGAUGAAGAGACUGCAAAUGAUGUCCCCCAUAUCCAGUGUGGGGAUGGCUGUGAUCCUCAAGGACUCAAGAACAACAGUCAGUUGUGCUUACAAAGAAUCCACCAAGGUCUGAGUUUUUAUAAGCAGCUGCUGGGCUCAGACAUUUUCACAGGGGAGCCUGCUCUACUCCCUGAUGGUCCAAUAGGCCAGCUGCAUGCCUCCUUAAUGGGCUUCAGUCAACUCCUCCAGCCUGAGGGUUAUCAUCACAAGCCUCAGCAGAUGCCCAGCCUUAGUCCCAGCCAGCCAUGGCAGCGCCCCCUUCUACGCGUCAAGAUCCUUCGCAGCCUCCGGGCCUUCGUGGCUGUAGCUGCCCGGGUCUUUGCCCAUGGAACAGCAACCCUGAGCCCCUAAUGCUAACAGCUUAAG